GCGCCUUUUUUUCCAGAGACACGAGCCAACCGAAAAUGGCGUCAUUUUAGUUAACGGUUAUUUUUUUAUGUGGAUAUGCAUCAACGGCAAUGUUGACUGAGGGGCAUUAAAGCCACAUUGCUCAGACUGUCACACUCCGAUUUGGCGCAGUAACUCAACGCUUCGCCGCUAGAUGGCGUAAAGCCUCUCUUUUUUUUUAGUGGCUACGGGAAAACGCUUGGUUUCACGUUUUUGAGCCUCCUGCGCCACCGUAGCUUUCAUACAAAGUGGCGGGUGCCUGUGUAGAGCUAAGCUAACUUCGGCGAUUGAAACAGUAAAACGCCUUUUCUAAGUGCAGGACAGGGCGCGUUUCGAUGGAAAGCGCUAAAUACGUGUCUCUGAAGAUCAGCAAGACGAGAUGGCGUCCAGUCUCGCAUUCGUCUUUACAGCAGCCCGAUAUAUUCGCGACUGGAUCGUGGGACAACGAGGAUAACAAGGUUUCUGUUUGGUCCAUCGGGGAUCCAGGCAGUCUGGGUCUGGAGGAUGGAUUUGAAGGAGACCCGCAGCUCAUCUGUGAACAUAAGCAUGAUGGGGAUGUUCUUGACCUACAAUUUUUGGACCAAGAGAGAAUCGUCACAGUAUCAUCGACAGGAGCCGUCACCAUCUUCCGCCACCACCAAAACAGUCAGACGGUCUCAGUUUCUCAGCAGUGGCCGAGAGCCCACCGCUACCCCUGUGAUGAUGCUCCCGGCACCGGGGUCGCCUGCAGCAGUCCGGAAAUUGUAACAGUGGGUGAGGACGGCAGGAUCAUCGUCUUCAGAGCCGACCACGAAGGAGUGGUUCGAGUCAUAGAGAAUGCAGACAGUAGCACACUUCAUGCUGUGACUUACCUGAGGACGACGGAGGUUUUGACCGUGAACUCCUUCGGCCAGCUGAAGCUGUGGGAUUUGAGGCAGCAGAACAACUCACCCUCGCAGGUUCUAUCACUGUCAGGAGAUCGAGUACCUUUAUACUGUGUUGACAGACAUCCCAACCAACAGCACAUCGUGGCCACAGGAGGCCAGGAUGGGAUGCUCUGUGUCUGGGAUGUGAGACAAGGCAGCAUGCCCUUCUCUCUCAUGGAGGCACACUCAGCUGAAAUGUGGGAGGUUCACUUCCACCCUACAAACCCAGAUCAUCUGUUCACGUGUUCAGAGGACGGCUCGCUGCUACACUGGGAGACUGCCUCUCCAUCGGAAAGGCCCUCCUUUUUACAAGGCGGCGGAAGCAGCAGCAUGACCUCCCGCAGCGCGAUGGCCCCCGCCGGAGGUAAUCAGUCCAUCAUGAGCGCCUGGCUGUGUGGAGACCCCAGUAAAUCCCGCCUGGAGACGACUCACAUGCUGCCCAGUCAGACGCUGUCCGUCAACAGUUUGGACGUGCUUGGGCAGUGUCUGGUCUGUGGGACUGAUGGGGAGGCGAUUUUUGUCAACAGACAGGUCCCAGUUUAAUAAAGCAGUUUGUGUGUGCAGGAAAUUACAUUGAUGAAAUUAUUGUCCUCAUUUCAGGCACAACAGAGCCUGGUAUGUACUUAUUGUUUCUGUUAUUGUAUUUUCAUAACACAUGUUGCCAAAACGCUGCAGAUGUGCGCUGGUCUAAAGCCAUGCUUGGUUGACUUGCAUUUGUAGUGAUAGAUUAUUAUAAAUUAAAGACUUUCGUACUC